AUGACAACUGAAACAAACCAAAAGGACCUCUACAAGCGCAUGCAAACUAAAACAUUCACGAAUUGGAUCAAUGCAAAGCUAAGAGUGUACAAGAUGAAGGUUGUGUCCAAUCUGUUUGAAGAAGUCAGAGAUGGAAUACCACUCUACAAUUUACUAGUUGCACUUGGAAAGAAUCCACCUGAAAUUUCUAAGCUUGUUGCGCAUAAAAUAGUAAAAAUGGAGAACCUAUCCAUGCUAUUGAAGUACAUUUCACAGGAUCUCGGACUCAUCCUGGUGAAUAUUGGUCCCGAAGACAUCUACGAGAAGAAUGAGAAGCUGAUUCUUGGUCUGAUCUGGACAAUCAUUCUCCACCUCUCAAUAUCCGAUGGCCAUUCCACUAGCAACUCCAAUGCCAAUUCCGAUGGCCAUUCCAGUGAAUUGCGUAGCACUGUUCUCACCUGGGUCAAAAUGAUCGUAAGCCACAGCUUCCAAGUCAAAAUCACCAACUUCACCACCUCAUUCAGUGAUGGUGUUAUAUUUCUAAUGCUUCUUGAUCACUUUUAUCCUGGUGUCUACAAUCAGAAAACAGACACGCCUGAAAACAAGAGAAACAACCUGGAAAAGGCGUUUGCAUUUGCAGAGUCCAUUGGAAUCAACAGACUCCUUGACAUCGAAGACCUCAUUCGUCUCGAUGAGUUGGAUGACAAGAGUGUCUUCACGUAUCUUCUUGAAUUCUACUUAUUCUUUAAGGACAACAAAAUCAACGGAAGUUCCAAGGACUAUCUUAAGGAAUUGCUCCUAAACAUCAAUACCAAGAAAGAGAAGGAAGUGGAGCACCAGAAUGCAGUUAACACGGUACAAAUGACCACCAAAGAGUAUCUCGCCACAGUCCACGACCUAAAUGAUAAUCUCAACAAAGUCGCCAAGGAAAUUGAUCAAUUUAUGAAGCAAUAUCAAGAACUGUCCAAAACCAGAAUCCUGGCUAACCAGGCUGAGUGUGAUUUACAGUCAUUUAUAUACCGUUGGAACCUGCAGCGAAAUACCAAGGAGUACAAUGAGGAAGCAACGAAGGAAGAAGAGACCAUUCUUGAUAAGAAGAUUGGCGAUCUCAAUCUCAACAGCAUCCGUGCCCUAACAAGCACCCUAAUCAAGUGCGAUAAAAAAUACCUUGAUAAUUCGACCCAAAACAAGAUUCACCAGCAAAAGAACGAAUCAAAGGCAGAAAUGGUCUUCACCAAGAAGUCAUGCAAAGAUGUCAUCGAUCAACUCAAAUUGGUUGAAAUUGAUGUGGUGAAAAUAGUAGGAAAGCCCCUGACACAUCUUCCAACAAAAAUGAGCAUCGAAGAUCUCCUCAAUAACAUUAAAGAGUGA